UUGACAGAAACAGAUUUGAAGUUCAUGGACGUUAGGCUCAUGCCUGGCUAUAAAGACCCCUAUUAUAAACGGCCAAUUACAAAAGGAGAGAUUGGAUGUUUUAUGAGUCAUUAUAGAAUUUGGGCUAAGACAACAUCUGAAGGGUUAGGAGAAGUUUUAGUCCUGGAAGACGAUGCAAGAUUUGAACCGUAUUUCCGUUUUAAGUUACAAAUGGUGUUGAAUGAAUUGAGACGUCUUCCAUUUUCUUGGGAUUUAGUCUAUAUCGGCCGAAAGUCGUUAAACGAUAACAACGAAAUUCGUCUGGAAAACUCGAAACUUUUGGUAUGGCCAGGAUAUUCGUAUUGGACGCUUGGGUAUUUGCUGAGUGGAAGUGGUGCAAAAAAAUUGUUAAACGCCGAUCCGUUGAAGAAAUUGUUGCCAGUGGACGAAUUUUUACCAAUAAUGUUCAACCAACAUCCUAAGACUGAAUGGUUAGAACAAUUCGACGAACGGAAUUUAAUAGCGUUGUCUGCGUCUCCUCUACUCGUCUACCCCAUUCGGUACACAUCAGAAGACGGUUACGUUAGUGAUACUGAAGACUCUGUGACUGUAGUGACAGAUAGUCUAAUUACCGAACAACAAGAAAUCAAAGAAGAUUUAUGAUCCAAGUGCCAUUAUUAUCUAUUAUUAUGAAUUUUUUUAUAUCAAAAUUUGUUAAGUGCCAUAUCAUAGUUUGAUUGUUAUAUUUCGACUACCAUAUCUAUAUGGUUAUU